GCAAGUACCAUCCAUUGGCGGCGACUCCUCCCCCUAAGGCGGGAACACACGGGGCCCAAAAUGGCGGCCAGCCGGUACCGGCGUUUUCUUAAGCUCUGUGAGGAAUGGCCAGUGGACGAGACCAAACGGGGCCGGGACUUGGGCGCUUACCUGCGACAGCGGGUAGCACAGGCCUUUCGGGAGGGAGAGAAUACCCAGGUUGCAGAGCCUGAGGCCUGUGAUCAGAUGUACGAGAGCUUAGCGCGACUCCAUUCAAACUACUACAAACACAAGUACCCUCGCCCCAGAGACACCAGCUUCAGUGGCCUGUCGUUGGAAGAGUACAAGCUGAUCCUGUCCACAGACACCUUGGAAGAGUUUAAGGAAAUGGAUAAAAGCAUGUGGAAGAAACUGCAGGAGAAGUUUUCCUCCAAGGGUCCUGAGGAGGAUCAUAAGGCCUGAGCUCAGGCCUUACCUCGCCCACAUAUCUAGGUGUGGAGUCUUGUACAUUGCCAUCGUCAAUAAAACUGCCCCAGUUUCCCUGUGA